CAUAGAUUAGAGGCUUGACGUUACGUCAGGUGAUAAUUGUUUUAAAUUUAGUUUAAGGGGGUUCGUCUGGUAGCCCAUUAGUAUUUUGAGCCACAAAAAUUAAACAGUAACCGCGCAAUUAAAGCACUAACAGGUUAAAAUAACUUUUGAAAAUUGUCACAGUCUUUAAUAUUGGUCAAUUAAGUAUGGAUUUGUGGCGUCAUCUGUAAAACAUUUGAGAAGCUUCAAACGUCAUUGCGGGUUGGAAUCAAAACCAGAAGAUUGGUUCUCUCAUCUGAUAUGUCGUUGGUGGUACAGUGAGUGUGUAGUGGUUAGUGGUGCCAAAAUGGCAGAAAAUGGACAGAAUUUUGCGGAACAACCGAAGACUGCAGUUCCAGAUAUACACCCACUGCAUUUUUCUAGUUUUACCCUAAACGAAAACGAUGUCGAUAAAGAACUUAGAUUGCGGUCUGUAAAAGAACGACAAAAUGAAGAACGGCAGAAGAAAUUGGAAGAAAUCAAAGCACAAGCGCUAGCAGCACAAAAGUUUAAAGAACAGAAAGAACAAGAAAGAAGGAAGAGACUGGAAGAGAUGCGGGUAAAAGACGACAUUCGAAGGCAACAAGUGGAAGAGAGGAAACGAGCGAUAAACGAAGCAGAACGUGACAGGUUAGAAUCAAUUCUCAGGCGGAACCACGAGAGGGAAGCUAGGAUUGAGGCCAAAAAACGGAACGAACGGAGCAACAUCGUAUUUGCAUUUGGAUCUUCUACCCCACGCAUGCUCGACCCGACAGACGCCUCGGUUUCAUUUUGGGGUCAUAGAAGAGCCACGUCUACGCAAAACAUCACCAGCGCUUCUACAAUGUCCACGUCGUUGACUCGAAGGCAAUCGGAAAGGGAUUUGGAUACCGGCAGCAAAAAAAGGGCCACUUCUGCUGGCGGACUUGAAAGAUCUGGCGAAACAGGUAUGAUAAGUCCCUCGACCCCAGCUGGGUGUGCCAGUGGGUACGUAGGCCGGCGCAGGACCGACUUAGUGCCUACCGUUCCCUCCAGAGACUCUUCGUUCGCGUCUUCGGGUUCGCGCAAGUCACUGAAUCACUCACCAGGUAGGGCGUAUUCCAUGUCACGUUUAGACCAGCUUGCCAAACCCCGUAAAAGGGCCGACACGGCCAGUGGCCUGCCGGCCCUGAACGAGUGUACUCUUUCUCCUGGCCGUUCGGUAACACGUAGCAUGAGCCACCUCGCGCAUGUGGGCAAGGCCCCCACGGCCACACGGAGGCCUCUGCAUAAAACUGACAGCCGCAGCAUGCAUCAUCUAAGUGCAGAUGGUGUGCCUAUUGCACCUCCCCGUGCAAAUCGCGCGACUCAACUCAGACAGCAGAAGUUGCUUAUGGCCCAGCAACAAUCUUCUAGUUGCAGCGAGGCGUCAUCGCGGCCAAGUAGUUCCCUAAGUCAACAAAGCACAAACAGUGUUAGCAACUCGGUAAAUAUAAGGCAUCGGUUGUCGGCCACCCCACGUAGACCCAGACCGGCCAGCAUUGCGGUGACCGGGGUGACCACCGAUAUUCGAGAAAAUAAACCACCCUUGCCUAGAACUAGAAAAUCGAUUACGAAAACGACCGUAGAACGAAAACCUAUAGAUAAAAACAAAAUUAAAUCACCCACUGACGAAAGUGUCGGGAAAGAGAUUCCACAUGAGAUUAUAAAAACGGCCGACAAUGAAAAAAUCGAAAGUGCUAAUAAGGUCCCGCCUAUUGUAGAAAAUGCAAUAUUAGAUGCUAACGAAUCAACUGCAAGCAACAAUAUAAUUCCACAAGGACAAACUGAAUUAGAAAUUGAAGUGCCUAAAACAGAGGAAGCCAAAACUGUAGUGGAGAUACCCGCGGAAAAAAUCCCCACCCCUCAAAUCUCGUCGGAGACGUCCGUUAACACUUCCACGAACAAAAUCCAAGAGUUCAUAAACAUCGAGCGAUCGGAAAUGGCGAUUGUUCAAACCGAGUCUACAAAUCCAGACGUUUCCAAUACAGAAACAAAAGAAAGCGAUUCAAACGAGAUGACUACUUCCAUAAACAAACCUCGUAUAACUACCGAAGAAGAAGCCAAAGCCGCUUUAGCUGAAAGACGUCGAUUGGCGAGGGAGGAGGCGGAACGACAAGCCGAAUUAGAAAGACAGAGAGUGGAAGCUGAGCAAAAGGCUGAAUUGGAAAGGCAGCUAAGAGAAGAAGAAGAGGCCAGACAGUUAGUUCAACUCCAGAGGCAAGCGGAACAGGAAAGAUUACAAGAGGCCAUCCGGGAAGCACAGAAGCGCGAAGAAGAGGAAAAACAGCGGCGGGAAGAAGAACAGAGACUGAAGCAACUGAAAGAGGAAGCGGAUAAAAAGGCGAGGGAAGAGGCGGAGAAACAGAAGCUAGAGUUGCAAGAAAAGUUUAAAAAUGAGGAGAAAGAGCGGGAGGAACGUAGGAAAAGAGUGGAAAUGAUUAUGUCGCGGACUAGGGGCAAAAACAAUACGAAUAAUGCGUCCCAACAGAAUUCGCAAGAUAAAAACGAAAAUAAGUCUGAAAAACAAGUGGACGAGAAUAAACUGAACGAGGAGAAUAAAAUAAACGGUACGAAACAAGAGAACGGAACUGCGGAGAACACGAAAGAAGCGAAGGACAUUGGAAUUGUUGAUAAUAUAAUUCCAGAUGAAAGCGUAAAGAAUGCCAACACAGUAAGGGACACGAUAAAUUCGGACUCAAUAAAUUCGAAUAGUGCGUGGCAGCCAACCCAGCAGUAUGGUAAUCUAGUAUGCAAUAAUAACAGUUAAAAAGAAUACGUUGAUUUGUGUGUUUCAGAUACAUUGAUGUAAACAAUUUACGUAAAAUUAUAUAACAUAGGUUAAAACUAGCCCUUAUUCUAACACUUCAAAUAAUUUAUUUUGUAUUUAUAUAUAAUAAAUAAUGUUAUACGUAAAUACAAGUGAACGGUUGUAUAAUUCAAGUGAUAAUGGCAAACGAUUUGUAGAGAGAGCAACUUGUUUACCUGCUGUUAUUUGGUUAGGUUCGACUGAGAAAGAAAAUUACUGUCGCGAUCUAGGAUAUAUUUCUUCUAGUUUUUUUUUUCAACUCGGUCUAUACUAGUCAUCUAUGUUAAAUUGUUGUAUAAUGUUAUAUACUGCACUGUUCUGCAGUGUUUAGCAUCCAAUGUAUUUUAUUGCAGUUUUUAUAAUGCAUUUUGAAUAGUUAUUAAAAAAAUUUGUUGGUUCUAUAUUCAAAUAAGCGAACAUGGAAAGGGUCAUUUUGUUUUGGUUAGGAUAUACGACUUCUCUUCAGUAAACUUCAUAAUCUAACCUGUUUAGUCUGUUGCGCUUUUGGUUAGCAUUUCGUGCGAACGUCAAGGAAAUUUGUUUCUCCCCGGUAAUUAUUAUGUGUAAUUAUAGUAUUAAAUAACUAUCCCCACGAAAACAACUAUAGGUUUGAUAUGUCUCUAUCUCCUUAAAUUAUAAUCUUUAAUAGUAUGUGAGAAAAAAAACAUUUCUUUAUAAUAAUGCUUGUUAAAAUUGCUUAAUAAAUGUAAAAUUUAUUUAUGA